UACAUGGCAACGUGUUUGAAGGAGUGGUAUGCUGUGGUAUAACAUAGUUGUUUCUAGAAGAUAUUCUUUUUCUAACUCGCGGAAAUAAAUCGACGAUGCCCUAAUCAAUGGCUCUUAAAAUUACAAACAAACUUGUGCAAAUUAUAAAAAUCUGUGAAACUUCCUUGUUUGCUCAAGUGGGAUUAGUUUUCUGAAUUGUUGACAGUCGUGUGACGCAAAUCGAAUGGAAAGCAUAACAAACAGAUUAUGAAAGGGUUGCUGGGGUAAUAAGCACCACUUGUUGGAAAUUUGUUAGUUUUUAGAUGAAAUUUCGACUUUCAUUCGUGACCAGGCCCAAUGUACGAGAUUAGUUUUUGGAAUCACUCGGAGCUAAGAUAUUCUGUUUGUUAUGUUUUAAGUAGGUUUUGCGUCAUACAAGUGUUAACAAUCCAGAAAACUGUUUCCAGUUGAGCUCAUAAGGAAAUGGAACGGCUUCUGUUAUAUUUGCACAAGUUAGAGUUUUUUUUCACCGGGGAUUUAGGAAUAGCCUUGUUUAAAUACAUGGUUCCACGCGUGCGAAACACACCUGCAGGAAAGACUUUUUGGUGCUUUAAAUACGGAUAACAGUUGGAGCAUUGCCAUAGUCGAAUAGGACAGCAAGAUGAAACAAGUGAUCAGUCUAGUGCUAUUCGGAUUGUUCUGCGGCAGCGCAGUGCUGACUGACGCUAGCGAUCAGAACAAACCGGAUGGAGCGUCCCAAUCUGGUCGCAUUGUAAAUGGAAAAGCAGUGAGCAUUGUUAAAUAUAAGUAUGCCUUGAGCUUGCGAGUUAACGGUGCUUUCGAUUGCGGAGCUACCAUCAUUACUAAUUCGCAUUCGUUGACUGCUGCGCAUUGUGUGUAUAAGUAUCCGUCCGAUCCAUCACGCGUAACUUUGUAUGGAGGAAGCACAUCCACUUCUUCUGGUGGAAUUGAAGUCCCCGUGGUCAGUAUAGCUCUUCAUCCUAAUUAUAAUCGUAAGGCGUUUCCCGCUGCAUCGGAUUGUGAUGUAGCUGUCCUUACUGUUCCUGUGAAUUCCUUCAGCGGAAGGCCAAACAUGGCCCCAUUAGCGCUGCAAACCAAUGAGCUGCCGGUCGGUACUGAGUGCUUCGUGAUUGGAUGGGGACGCACAGGUAAUAAUCAACCAGCGUCUGUAAAUCAAUUGCGCUACGCCAACAUGAAUAUUGUGUCACAGAGCACUUGUGCUACAAUGUGGGCUGAAUAUCGCAAGUUGUGCGGGACAUGCAAGCAAUCUAUUACCUCGAACAUGAUUUGUGCCAAAUACAACAAUGGUGUAGACACGUGCGGUGGAGACAGCGGCGGUGCGUUGGUGUGCGGAAGUGGAUUGGCGGGAGUUGUGUCGUUUAGUCAUCCUAGCUGUACUAGCGCAUGGCCAGCAGGAUUUGCUAAAAUUACUGCACCAAGUAUUCGUAGCUUUAUUCGCCAAUACGCUGAAAUCUAGAUUAUAGGAUUGUUGUAUAGCAGUAAUAAACAGAUGUGUAGUCCUUUAUUGCGUGAAAUUAUGUGUGUGUGCGUAUGUUGUUCUUCGUCUAUUUGGCAUAACGUCCUGCGCGUCUAAAUGUACAGGGUUUUCCAGAAGAAUAAAUAACGUAUACCAUCAACAAGGUCCAUGAAAGAGAACAGGCUGAAGCGUUUAGCGCCAUUUGACAGCGAGCCAUGGGAAAAUUUUGACAUUUCAAAUAAACAUUGUUUCUGGUCGUUGCUAUAGAUCGAAUUGGAGUCUUUUUUACUAUUUUGGACUCAUGUUUUGUUCCUAAUAACAUAAAUUCUAUGUUCUAUGGCUGAUUUAAUUCUAUAAUCUCUUAUAUCAUACGUCGCCGGGUACCAAGCAAAGGACGGAGUUUAAAAUAAAUUAGCGCGUGGCCACGGAGCUGAAAAAAUGUUGAAACAAUUUUCAACUUUGUCAAAAUUGCUUGUCAACUGUAAAAAAGAGCUUUUCUCGUGGCCGCACCAAAAACAUACACAAGAGCGACAAAAAGCUCCAACAUCUGAAUAUCAUCGAUAUUUUGUUUAAGAAGCACUAACUAGGUACAUAAAUCAAUUAGAAUCAUGCAUUUUAGUAUUAUUAUCAUAACAAUGGGUCACAACUGCGCCAAAUAGCUGUUUGUUUACGCUUUUUCACGAACGUCAAAUUUUGUCAGCUUUUGUCAACUUUUUUUCCUGGCUGCUCCAGGUUACAAAAUUUUGACAAAAGCUCAAAAAAGUGACAAAAGCUCACAUUUUGAAAAAUUUGUCAGCAUUUUGUCACUCCCGUGGCCUUUCGCUUAAUAGAUAGAUCAACUUAAUCACUCAAAGGCGAUUUUAAAAGCCUGCACUGAGGCUCCAAGUCAAAAAUAUGACAAACUUCAUUAAACACCCGAAUGGAGUUAAGGGGGUUUCUAAAGCCAUAUCCAUUUCGACUACGGUUCAGGGCAAGUCACUGACGAGAACGAAGCUGAAUAGCAGGCGCGUAAAAGUUUAACUGCUGGAGUAGGGAUGGACAGUCGAUGUUACAUUGCAGUAAACCAGCCACAAACAGUUGUUGCGCGGUACAGCGUCUGAUGUGGAGCGGUUGCAGUCCGAGGAGCAAAAGUCGUAUUUCAUAAGAUGGUAAUCGACUGCCAGGUAGCCAAGGUAACAACCAAAAUAACCAGCUCGAACUCUAUAGCUGAUUUGAGGCUGUUUAAUGAAAAAUCGUUCCGAUGUCGUACUUUGUGGCUGAUUAAGAGAUAAGAAGUACGUUGCGGAACUUUGGCGCUUUUUAACAAGCACUCGGUACUCUUUGGAACCUUGCGGCUGUUUGGCCGUAUGUGUAUGGUUCAUAAUGGAAAUUGAAGGCUUGUUAAGAUGAUGUGCCGAACUUUGUGGAACUUUAUAGCUUUUUAAUGUACGACAUCGGUACGAGGUGGCUCUUGUGAAAGUGUCAAAGACUGGUGCCGUAAAACAUCUCAUUGCUGCUGCACAAGUUAGAUAAGUUAAAUGAAGAAGGAAUAUUGUGUGCUGUGUUUGUGAUUUUUUAGUAGACUAUGUAAAA